AUGCCCGGUGCUAUGGUUAAGAUCAUAUUAGAUAAGAUUUAUAAUAAAACUGUGCCUAAACCUAUCAAUCUCCGCCCCGGAUAUGAUAUGGAACAUGUUUUUAAUGGUCCUCAAACUGAUGAAUAUCGGUAUGAAAAAGUGGUUGAAAUAGAAAAACAAUAUGAUUAUUUAUCUAUUAUUAGACCUCAUGAAACACCCCAGCAAUGGGCUGAUCGUAUAAGAGGUUCUCUGCAAGAACUACUUUCUAAGCGAGAAUAUAGUGUAUACCAUGUGUACUGCCUUUUCGCUUCAUUUGGUCAAUUAAAAUCCAAAACAUUCUAUGUUAAUGGUGAGUUAUUUGAAGAUCAUUUCAGAUAUCGUAUACCUAGUGUCCAUAAAAGUCAGAUGGCUAUUUGUUUCAAAUGCUGGAAAUUGGUGAAGAUUACCGAAGUAGAGCCUAGAAAAGUAUAUUAUAGUGGUUGGGGCAGAUGGGCCUAUGAAGUUGAGUCUGAAGAUUUGAUGAAGAAUCAUUGGAAUUACUCUUGUUUUAAGGCCAAGACCGCAACCAUAGCAAAAAAUACUAUGUCAAGUGCUCCAAAUUUCGAGCCAACUUGUAUUUCACCAACUUCUUAUCAUUCAUCGGGUCCCAGCCAAAGGUGUUCAGAGCCAGGGGUCACAAGUAAAGUAUUUAUGUCGUCUCUGUAUGCUAAACAAAAUAAUUUUCUACCAACCAUAAACCAUCUUAAUCAGCCAGUAUUAAAAUUAGAUGAUAGAACGGAAAUUACAAUUGUUUAG